ACCACAGGACUCAGCUUCAAAGCAGGAAAAUUCAAUGUGACCACAACUUUGAGUCUGUUUGCCUGUAAAAAUGUUUCUUUUGAGGAGCCUUUUACUGUUGGACAAGACAUUAAAGUUCUCAUUUCUAAAAGCCAUGCAACGAAAAGUUCUACUCGUGGAAAUGGUGCAGCAAUUUGGGUGGAAUCUGUGAAUAACAAGGCAUUUACUGUCUGUGUUUUGGAGUACGGAGAUGGCUCAAGUAGCGCUUCGCAAGUGAACUGGAUGGCGCUGCAAUCUGUACCUGCUGGCGCUCAACUAGGCACAGCUUCUUUAAACACUUGGACUACUGGAACAAAGUGUAAAAGAAUCGCUUUUGAAAAGGUUCCAUUAGUUCAGUCUUUCAUCUGUUUUUGUAUAAAUUUCAUUUCGUUUGUCUCCUACAAAAAAAAAAUCCUUCAGCCUUUCACUUUAUACUCGUUAUGCAGGUGGUGUGACGUGUUUUCUUAGUAUUACCUGUUGUGUCAUCUUACAUUUUCCCGUAUUUGUCAUAUUUCUUGAAGAGAUGAAAAGUUUGAUUGAUAGACUGGGAUAAGCUCAACAGAAUGAUGUUAUUUUUUAUCAGUUACCGUGACGUCAUUAAUGUGGCGGCCAUAUUGGCUGCCAUCUUGAAUUUUAUUUAAAAUUCGUGUUUUGCUAAAAUUUGUCUUAAUGGCAUAAAAUUUGAGAAUUAAGUUUGAAGUACGCUAUUUUUUUUGGAACUAUGCUAUGUGUAAUUUUUUUAAAAAGGAACUAACGCGCAUUUUUCUUAGAAGUGGCUUAGCCUUAUGCUAUUUAUGAAGUCAUAUCUUGCUACCAUAGCUACCUUCCAUUACCAAAUUUGAACGGAAUUUGCCCUAGGAAUAAAAUGAGCAGUUGCUGGAAAGAAAAGGCUUUGGCUAAAAAUCCGUUUUUGAAAAUAUUGGGCAAAACCUGCGCGCUUCUACCAAUUCAAUUGAUGUUAAAUUUCAAGUUCUAAAUCUUCAAUCUCUUUCUUGUUCUUAAUUCGUUUUGGCAGAGAAGAACAAAUUAAGAACAAGAAGGAGAUUAGAAUGAAGAAAAAGAAAUAGAGGAGAAAAGAUAGGGCUUUAAAGGACCAGAAAGAGUAAACUGAAGCACUUAAAGAAGAAAAUAUAUAGAAAAUUAGAUCAAGAAAAUAAAACAACUUUGAGAAACAAGUGGGUCAAGUAAAUAUAUUACAUAAAGUAACAGACCAAUAAAAAGAUGAGAAAUAAAUAAGAGUUGAAGAAACUGAAAAAAGAACAGUGAACUUAUAGUUCUUAUGUCCGAGUUAAAUAAACUUGCAGGUAGUUUUAUUUACAAAGGAUGCUGGGAAAAAAAGAAGGAAGUAAUAGAAGAGUUUAAAAAAGUAAAAAAAAAACAAAAAACAGAAAACGCUGAAACAAAUUUCUGUUUGGUUUUGUUUUUUUUUUGUCCGUUUUUCUGAUUUUCGUAUCUUGACUCUUUCUGACUACCUAACAUGGCCAAAGAAAAAUGAUUGCCAAAUCAUUCAUCUUUCAUUUGUAAAAUCCUAAGAAAUAUUUGAUUAAUCUAUGCAAGACUCUCAUAAAAAAGUUCCAUUGAAAUAGUGAGACUUCAGGGCUUCUUCCACAAAAUUUAAGAGUUGGAGUAUGAAAAUAUCACGCCAUAAUGUGGUCUAGGAAUAAAGGGGUUAAUUGUUUUUUAAAUAUUUAUUUCAUUUAACACUCCACUUUACCUGCCCUCGAUCAGCAACAGUGCUGCCUUCCAUGGUAGAACUUACAGUUUCUCUUCUUUGUCAUCUUUGUUCCUUGAAAAUGUUUUAUGGAUAAUAUCAUUUGUUCAUAUUUUUCCUCUUUCAGCGUUUCCAGGCUCUUCCAAAUAUCUUCGUCACUGUUCGUCACCAGGUUCUUAAAAGACCUCAAGACGCUUUGGCCCUGUGGGUAGAUGACUUGCGCAAGGACAGUUUUAAACUCUGCGGCAGAGAAAUUAAGAGUUUUGAUGGAAUUCACAAAAAUAUCAAAGUUGUAAGUAAUAAUCCAGAUAAUUGCUUUCUUCGAAAAUGAAUUGUUUUGUUAGUAGUGGUGCCUUUUGGAGCUAAGUAGAAUUGCACGAACUCGUAACCACAGAACGAAUUUUAUGCACUGUUAUGUUGGUAUUUUCAUUAACACCAAUAUAGAAUGUUUUUCGCACAAAACAGUAGACAAAACUCUACAACAGCUUAUUCAAAAUAGCCACGGCUCAGUAUCGUCAUACCUUGUAACCGUAGCAACGUUUUGCAACAAAAUUUGUAAAAAUGUUCCUGAGGAAGAAAUGAACGUUUAAUGAAAACGUUGAUGCUCGAUGAUUUUUCUCUCUCAUCAAUCCCCCACCCCCCUUCUUGUGCAUUUGAGAGCAAAGAAAAUAUUAAAUAAGUGGCGUUGUUGGGUACCCUUGCUUUGCUUUCUUCUUGGUUUGAAAGCGUAAUGACAGUAAGAACAAGUGUUACAUUUUUAGUCUCAAAAUUCUUGCUUCAUAUCUUUACCUCUUUCCUGCAGGAUUGGAUGGCUUUUACCAAAUUGAAGUUUGACAAUGUCACCUUGACUGAUAGUCUCGUGUUUACAAACAACAACUCACCAUCAAACAAACAGGACAACAGCGCUGUUUGUCAGGUAGUACCAUUUGACUCGUGUUUUAAGGCUUGCCUAAACUAAUUUGUGGGCUUUAAUUUCAAGUAGAAACAUUUCUCUCAUCUUCACUUGUUAAGCUGUUUCCUAUCCACGCUUGAUUCUAUUUGAUGCGGUUUUUCAUUGUCUGUCUAAGUCACGUGACUGGCAUUGGCCUUCUAACCGUCAAAAUGUUUCACCGAAAAUGGGCAAUACUUAGUCAAACUGUAUUCUCCUUAUUUUAUCGUUUUUGUAUGGCUUAUAGCUAGUGCUUUAGAGUGCCAGCUUUUAAUUAUGUCCAUGCUUUGUCAGAAACCGUCAAUUAAGAGUCAGGUCACGUGACUUAACAAACAUACAAGAAACUGAUAAGGUAUAGAAUGAAUACCGUCUUAAAGGGCAGAAUCGUGUUAGCAACCAUCAUCUUUAGGCCAUUUUGACGUCUAAAAUUUUCGAAUGUUUGAUAUACAAAUGUAUCCAAUUUAAAGAAACACGUUUUUGUAACGUCAUCAGCAGAUAGAUAAUAUCUUUGAAUAUAUUGUAUCCUUUCAAAAGAAGAAGUUCAAUUUUCCACCGGUAUUUAGUUGGUAUGAGAAAUGAGAAAAUGGAUGUCAAGAUAGUUUUUCUUGGAAAGUGGUUAUCUAUUUCUUAAGCUAUUUUUUUUUAUUCUUGGUUUCAGAAAGUCAAGUUCCAGGAUGCUUUUUAUGCCCCUCCGGUUGUAGUGGUGUCUCCUAGACUUGGUUACAAUAACACCAAAUCACGUUUCUCAGGAUCUGCACCAUGCAACUUAGUUACUGCCUGGGUUGAGGUUAGAAACAUAUAGUCUGCCUAUUCUUCCUGUGGUUCUAAUAGGGAGAAUUUGUUUAAAAGUAAAGAAAUGUUGUUUUUACCGUUGUCCUUACUACGUUAAAAACUUAGAUUUUUCCAACGACGUUUAGCGGGUAUUUAAAAGGAAUGAAGGCUAUUUAACUGGUUUCACAUUUUCAUAUAAUUAUGAUAGUACAUUAAACUAUUUUUACGAAUAAUAAAACCAGGCUUUCCGCAAAGGAAACGCUCAUAAGAACUUUUGUGUAGACUUGUGCGUUGGAAACUGAUUUUUUUAUAGUUUUGUAUUCGUUUUGUUCUUUAAAACAAGAUCUAACAGCUUCUUAACAAUUCAGUAUACGCGAUUUCUUACUCUUCUAGCUUCUUCUUGCACUAACCCUUGGUUUAACCAUCAAUAAAUCGACAAGUCAGUUUAAAUUUUAAAAAAAGAUAUAUAGAUUGUAUGACCUUUUUUGUUUUACUAACAUACAUUGAACAGGUUUACUCUAGUUCAACAAAAUGCUAUAUUUUGUGAAAUGUGAACUUAAAGUAUUUCUUUCGCUGUUUUGGAAUAUGCUUAGAACACAUCUACAAACGAAACAGAAGUGUGUUUGAGAAGCUACAACAAUGACGCCAACAAUAAGGAUAUCAUAAAGGUCGAUUAUAUGGUAAUUGGAGGUACGUAAUAAAUUAUGUAACGUAAAAUAAGGUAACAGCAAUGACUUUUAUCUGUAGACAAUCACGGUGCUCUCCUAACAAUAACAAUAACAUAAUAGUGAUUGCCUGGACAAUACUAAAAUACAUAUGUUUAAUUUCGAUCAACUUUUAUCCUAAAUUAAAGUUUUUUUUCCUUUGUUUCAAAUCAGUCAGGUUAUACAUUACCAAGCUCCAAAACAAAAGAAAGUGAGGUUAAAAGCUAGGUUAAAAUUCAGCAAUAUACGACAUAUAUGGAACCGCUCAUGUGCUUUAGGCUGUGGCCACAAUAUACUGGAUAACGAAAAGCUAUAGUGUAUAGUAUAGUCUGUGAACACCUACAUGUAUCCAACAUCUGACUCUCGACUUUAGAAAUCGGCGAGGCUCACUUGCAGCCUCUCUUUGUCACAACCGCAUCAACCGCAAUCACGCCGCAACAACCAUUUUUUUAGUGUGAACAGAAGCCCUAUUUGAUAUGAUUUUGGUGGCGGCGCAAAAGCUAUUUGUUAUAAUGUGAAAUUAACCUUAACCUUUAUCCAGUUCCCUAAUAACUCAAAAUUCCAGCCUGUUUUAUCUAUUGACAAAUUCGAAAUGAAUGAAUCUGAAAUGAUGCACUCUGAUUCCAUCACUUGUAUGUUUGUCUUUUAGACUUGGAUCCUUGUAUAGAUGUAACAUGUCAUUAUGACAGUCUGUGUAAGGCUUUUGGACCUAAUGAUGCACGCUGUGUGUGUUUGGAUAGCUGUCCAACUUACAAAGAACCCGUAUGUUCAUCCAAUGGCACAACAUACGACAACAAAUGUCUGUUUGAACAGGAAGUUUGUCUCAAUCGACUGAACUUUACCGUGCAACAUCCUGGGAGCUGUGAAGGUCAGCAGUUUUGUUGCCUUUUUUAGUGGUCAACGUGCACCUUUUCACUGAAUUCUGUCUUUUUGGAGUGAUAGUAAUUUUUGUUUUACUUCAUUUCCGUUUAUUUCCCAAUGGUUUAGGGGUAAAGCUGUUGCGCCAAUAAGGGAUUUAAGUUUGUUACUGUAUGCCUAACUAAUCUUUGCAACUCCUUUUUAGGAUUUCCUUUCCAGCGUGGUCGCCUUCACAUGGCCCAUAUUCCAUCUCUGGGUUAUUCUCAUUGUCAAGUAAUUCGUUUCAAGCCUUUUGUGUUUUAUCCUGACAAACCCACUGAACUGCAGAUCACUGCCAAUCAUAUUGAUACCAGUGACAAAUCCUAUGUCCAUGACGCGGCAGUAUCAUGGAUUGAACAUGUGAAUAACGACGGAUUCACUGCCUGUGUGAUGGCAGCUGGAUAUAACGAAAGGAAGUCUUAUGCUAACGUGACAGUUGAUUGGAUGGCGUAUCAAGGUGCUCCAGUGGGUGGCGUGACUGGUGAACUGCGCAUGUCACAGUGGUGGACAGGGACGACUUGCGCAGCUGUGAGAUUUCCCACCGUAAGUUGCUUUGUGUGUUUGUGUGCUUGUUUAUCUUAAUGCUCUCUUUUCCUAAGCGUCUAAAUAAACAUCAUAAAAUCAUUCAGUUUGACUUUUAAAAAUGAAACUUUCAGGGUGCUCCAUUGUUUUGAAUAAACGCGAUGAAAAGAUAACAAUAUCAACAUAAAGUGACCGUUCUAUUUUCUCUCAUUAACCACUGAUAUUUAGUUAUGUGGUUUUGAAGAAGUGAAACAAAAAGUUCAAACUGCCACCUUUAAUCGCUUUCCUGAAUCUAUGAAAAUCACCAUUCUUGCUUCGAAUCGAUAAUAAAAUAAAUAAAUAAGAAAAGAUUAUAAUAAGUAUAAAUGCAGAGUAUGCCAAGCAAUUUAUCAGAAUGACGAUUAUUCUAUGCUAUUUCGCAGGGGAAAUUUUCAGUCAAACCUUCAGUCUUUGUGACGUCAAUGCAUUACAAUCCAGGACUAAAACGUGACGCUGCAAGUGUAUGGAUUGAAGAUGUGACGGAAUCAUCAUGCAAAGUUUGUAUGAGAGAACUGCAGAAUUAUGCUGGAUCACACCGAGAUAUUUUUGUCGUAAGUAUAGGGUGUUCUUAUUUUAAAUGUCAAACAUGGAUCAUGGUUUGGGCUGCCACACCUUGACGUUGUGCCAAGCCUUUGACUCUGGUAAUUCUACAGAUACCUUGAAAAGAACAGCCCAUCGUUAUCAUAAGUCGAAGAACUCUGUAAAUUCAUUUUAGAAUUAGUUAUUAAAAAGCGCAAAUUACUUUUCAACAUUCUUCACCUUCACACGUCAUGCCCAUUGCUUUUUUUAUUAUUUAUAUAUGUAUGCAUGCCUGUCGGUUAACCAGAAAUAACGCGUUGUUGAUUUUAUUUUCAGAAUUGGCUGGCCUUUUCGGAUCUUCCCAAUCCUCCCUUUUCAGAACAUAAUUCGAUCUACUUUGCAAAUGAUAAACCUCCCAAAAGCAGACAUUAUAAUGCAUUUUGCAAGGUCAGUAUCAGCGUUUGAGUUUGAAUCCAAAUCUCAGCUAAAAAACCUUUUUUUACUAUGGUAGUUAUCAAAUUUUACUCUCAGGCCAUUAAUGCGAAGGUGUUUAACCUGUAAAAGACUUAGCAAUGUACAAGGACGUAUUCAUGGAUACCAUGAUACUGACAAUACCAUAGGUCACACUUUCGCUUCUCCUAUACGUCACCUCUAUGAUGCGUUCAUUUGAGUCUCUCCAUUUGGUGUCUGUAUAAACAAUUUUAAGAAUUAAAUGUAAGUAUUCUGUGAAAGGAGACCGAUAGAGCAAAAGCAUAAAACCCACUUUGAAUGACAAUUUCACGUUGUCAAUGGUUUAAAGUUUAGUUGCAGCCUAUGUUUCAAAAGGCUUCUUGUGCCGAGUUAAGUGAAUUAUCUUCCAAAUAACGUUGGACUCAAAAUCUCUUUCGUCUUACUGUAUUUGUUUCACAGAUUUGACCUUCUCAGCUUGGAAGUGUACUUUAUAUGGUGCUAGCCCAGUUUAUUCUGAAAGUCGAUAUGGCAUACUUUUCUCAAAUUUUUAAUUGCAAAGUUAAGAUUAUAUCAAAAUCGUCAGGAAAACAAAAAGACCCUCUUUUUUCAAGGUGGAGAAAAGCCUAAUCAAAGCCCACAUUCUCAAAUUUCAGUUUAUUUCCUUCUUACCCGUCUAUAGUCGAGGGCACUUUAAAGUAAUAUCUAUGAACAGUGAAGUAAGAUUUAGCCAUUCAGACUCUUACCAGAGGAUUCUAUCAAUACAAAAAGAACUGUUGGAUUUGGAAGUAGACGAUAUCUUGAUAACAAUUCCCCUUCAAGUUGAAAUAUUUUCUUUAUCUUUUAUAGGAGGCAAUCUUUGCCAAAAGUUAUAACACAACGCCACACGUCUUCGUUUCUGCUUCUCACUCGUCAAAAGGAGGGAAUAAAAGUCCAGUUCAUAACAGCAUAGCUGCCUGGGUGGAGGUUGGUAACUGGUGAUUUCAGGACUGAUCAAAUAUUCCAUUUGGACAAAGAGGUCAUGUGAAAUCAUUUUUAUGGAAAUGAACGUUAUGAUUUUGCCUUCAAAAGACGAUUAGUGAGUAACAUGUUAAACAAAAUAAUAUUGAUUUAGUUUUUCAAACCAGCACCAUUUUCUUAAAAUGAGUAAGUUCGUAGCUGGUCAGGUGACCAAAAUGUGAUUUUUAAAACUAUGAAUUACCUCUUUCUGAACAGAAAUUUUGCACCUAAACUUCAAGAAAAUUGCUACGAUGAUUUUUAUGCGCUCUGUCAAUUAUUGUCAUCAACAGGAUUCCAAGUCAUUGUUUAAAGGAAGCAUUGGCCACGUGACCUCUUAGUGCAAGUGGCUUAAUUUCAUAUUAAAUUAUGAGUAGUAUAGUAGGGACCGAAUUAACCUUUAUUCGCAGACGAAUCUCUUUAUUCUGCCGAGGAAUAUAUAGACGCUUAUGACGUUAUGGCUUUUUAUCUUUAUUGAUUGAAUAGUAACGUGUAAAUAAUAGUAAUAAUAAUCAUAAUCAUAACAUAUUCAACCGUGGUAAACCUGUCAGCGAAAGCUGUUAUAAAUGGAGAGAACAAUACCAAUUUCAGCACUGAAGCAUACAGGCAACUACAACAAAUAAAGAUAAGAAUAAGUAGUUAGAGCUGUAUACUGGUGCUUGGGCACCAGUCAAAAAAGUGCCUUCCUUAGCAGAUUCUGUGCGUAGUAUAGGAAUUGAAUUAUCUAAAUAUAGCUGAAACCUCAUUAACAUAGGUCGUGUGCCAUUUUAAAGUGGUUUAACCGGUUUUAGACUGGGGCUUUCUAGAUCUUCUUAGGGAAACAAAUGCGUUGCUUUUUGAUUGGUUGACUAAAAACUAAGUAAAGUAUUUAUUUGUUGAUACAUGCUGUCAAAGUAAUAAGCGCUAGCUCACCUUUGACAUGAAAUCACUGAGUAAGUAUCCAGUUCUAUUUCCUGCUGCUUUCAUUGCCCAACAAUUUUUUUCAGUUCAGGUUCUCUGAUUCUUGGCGAGCAAAUCGUGCAUAUUGAUGAGUUCGAAGACCAACUAGCUCUUUCUAAUAAUAAACCAAAUUUUCAACUUACCCCAGUCCCCCUCUUUUUCUACACAAUUCAGUUACCUCGCUUCACCUUCCUUCUUUCAUUUUCCUUUCACCACGAAAACCACCAACACAGCCUCCACAACCAUAUUUUUAUUGUUAUCCCGAGUCCUCCUCCACCACCACUGCCACCACCAAAUUUCUAUUGUUUUCCCUUCCUCACCUCCCCAUUUCUAUUGUUUUCCCUACUCCACCACCACAAUGCACAUUUUAGUACUAAUGUUUAGUGCUUUUACAUGUACAGUAUAUUAGCAGGAAAGGCUUUCGGGUUUGUGUCAAAGAACUGUAUGAGGCAAAAUACGACCCACUCUUCAUAUCCUACAUAGUUUUGUCAGGUAAGAGCGCAAAAAAAAGAUUUUUUACGGUAUAUCUUUCCAUACCGUCUCUUUUUUGUGACUCAAUGCCGUGAUUUAUACUCACAGACAUUUGUCCAGAUGGAUGGGAUUACUUCAAUGGAUACUGCUAUUUAACGAGCUCUAUAUGUGCACCUUGGGUGAAUGCAGUGUCCAACUGUUCAGCCAUGAACUCACAUCUGGUAACAGUGCACAACCAAGAGGAAAAUGUGUACAUACAGCACCGUCACAACGGAGAGCGAUCGUGGAUUGGCCUUAAUGACCGAAGCGUCGAGGGAUCGUUUGUGUGGACAAACAAGGAAAUAUCCAGUUUUCAGUUCUGGGCUCCGCAACAACCAAACAACUUGAAAAACGAAGACUGUGUCCACGCCCUUGGUGCGAAAGAUGGCUACUCUUGGAACGACGUGUCAUGUGAUAACUGCUAUAACUAUACUUGUGUUGAAGGCAAGUUUUGA